AUGGCAAUUGGCACUGCCCCAAAAUCGGUCAUCGUCACCGGCGGCGCCAGCGGCAUUGGUCUCACCAUAGUACGCCACUUCGCUUCGCAGGGCGGCAAAGUCGCCAUCUUUGACGUCAACGCAACUUCUGGCAAGUUCAUUGCGUCUGACAUUGCCUCAGAGUAUCCUCAGUCUACGGUGACCUUCCACCAAUGCGAUGUUUCUUCGUGGAAGGAACAGGCUCAGGCGUUCUCAAAUGUUUAUGAUGCAUUCGGCAGGAUAGAUUUUGUUUUUGCGAAUGCCGGUAUAGCCGAGGGGAUGUCGAACGCCCUUGCGACUAUCCACCCAGACGCUCCCCAAGAGCCGAACCUGAAGGUUGUAGCCGUAGACCUAAAUGGAGUCAUCUAUUCUGUUAAACUCGCCAUCCACUACAUCAGCAAGAACCAAGUAUGCGGAGAUUCUCGAGGCUCCAUCAUUUGCACUGCUUCAGAUGCCGCUCUUUAUCCGUUCCCAGUCGGGCCGAUGUACGCAGCUGCCAAGGCUGGCGUGAUUGGUCUCGUGCGAUCGACAGCUCCUAUACUUGAAGAUCUCAAGAUCCAGAUCAAUACGAUGGCACCAGCAGCUCUAGGUAUGAAGCUCAACGGAUCUCAAGGGCAAUGUCCCCACCAGAUCACUAAUGGUAGAUCAGUCACGAACAUCAUCCCCGACCCAGAAAUGUACAAGCACAUGGUAGUCACACCAAUGUCUACCCUGAUCAAGGGCGUAUCGCAGAUUGUAGGCGAUGCAAGUCUCAACGGUAAAGUUGUAGAGAUUCACGACGAAGAACCGACCAUACGCGACGAGCCUUAUCAGUUCGUGUCGGAUGGAACUCGCCACAACCAAGAGAAAGCGUGGGAGAUGUUCAAAUUCUUCAAGGCUUCGACUGGAGGUCUUCACGCUCCAUAG